AUGGCGAUGGCGACGACAAAUUCCGAAGAAGUGCACCUUUCUGCGGAACAACCAAGUUUAAUCUGCAAGAAAUGUAACGAAUUUCAGGCGACACUCCAGAUCCGAUCAGAAUCAGUUUGCCAAAAAUGCUUCUCACAGUAUAUCAAAACAAAGGCAGUGAAGCGCAUGGAAACCUAUAAAGGCAAACGAUUUUCGAAAGUUCCACAGAAAUUAUUACUACCACUUUCCUUCGGGCCUUCGUCGUCAUGCUUGCUCCAUAUGCUAGAUGGACAUCUCCAAACCCAACACGAGCGAAUGAAUCGGGCAUCAUAUGAAUUGUUCGUUGUACAUAUCGACCUUUACCUGGAUGAUACAGACAGAGAAGCCUCUGCUGCUUUAUUACAAAAAUACGAGACCCAAUACCCCAAGCAUUCAUAUACAAGUUACGGACUUCAGGAAGCCUUACAACUGGAAGGUAUUAAUUGGGCAUCUUUGGGAAUAUCUGACCUUCCUACUCAGGGAAAUAGAGCCUCAAGUCUGGACCUGCAAAGAAUUGUUUCCUCAAUGUCAUCUGCAACCUCAAGGGCCGAUAUCGUGUCUACGCUGUUAAAUAGACUCCUAGUGGAUGUCGCCAAAAGAAAUGAUUGCGAGAGCAUAUUAUUCGGUGAUACUACUACACGACUAGCAGAAAAGACGCUCACUGAAACGGCCAAAGGGCGCGGCUUCUCUUUACCAUGGCAAGUCUCCGAUGGUCCAUCACCAUACGGAAUAGGCUUGAAUUAUCCUUUACGAGAUAUUCUUAAGAAAGAGAUCAUGACAUUUUCCUCCUCAACCAUACCUCUUUCGGAUUUAGUGGUGUAUCAACAGCCUCCUUCCCAUAUAUCUGCUUCCUCAAAAUCAACAACGAUCGAUGAUUUAAUGGCACAGUAUUUCGAAUCUGUUGAAGAAAAUUUCCCGAGUAUAGUUGCCAAUGUUGUUAGAACAUCAAGCAAAUUGAAACCUACGACUGAUGACACAUCGAAGGGUUGUGGGCUUUGCGGGCUUCCUGUCGCAGAGGGCACUGAUGGUAUCUAUGGUUGGGGCGGCGAUCAAAAUCCAGAUUCACGGCCAUCAAGAGAAAAUAUCAGUUCAGAUACUGUUCUAUGUUAUGGAUGCUCAAGAUCUAUCAACGGAUGA